AUGAGGAAGGCUUUGGGAAUCCCAUCCCCACCACAGCCCACACCCCAAGCUUUGCCACCUCCGCAGCCCAAUGCCCCUGCAGCUACCAAGCCCAUUGCAGCUGUUGCUGCAGCCCAUCCUCCGAAGCCCAAUGCAGCUGUUGCUGCAGCCCAUCCUCCGAAGCCCAAUGCAGCUGUUGCUGCAGCCCAUCCUCCGAAGCCUGAUGCAGCUGUUGCUGCAACCCAUCCUCCGAAGCCUGAUGCAGCUGUUGCUGCAGCCCAUCCUCCGAAGCCUGAUGCAGCUGUUGCUGCAACCCAUCCUCCGAAGCCUGAUGCAGCUAUUGCUGCAGCCCAUCCUCCGAAGCCUGAUGCAGCUGUUGCUGCAACCCAUCCUCCGAUGCCCAAUGCAGCUGUUGCUGCAGCCCAUCCUCCGAUGCCCAAAGCAGCUGUUGCUGCAGCCCAUCCUCCCAAUCCUGAUGCAGGUGCAUCCAAUCCUCCCGAGGCUGAUGCAUCCAUGCCUCCCCCACCGGUGCCUGUGCCCAAGGCAGCACCCUCUCCAUCCCAGCUCAAUGCUGUUGUGGAUGGAGCAGCAGCAGAGACAGCAAAUAGAGCCUUGCCCAACAGUGUCACCAAUCGUGCGGAGUACAUGCAGUACUUGCGUGCGGCCAGGAACCCAAGCAAGAUGGUCAAAAGCUUGAUUCCUGCUUUCCAAGGCAACAAGCUAGAUCUGUUUCGAAUUUGGUUGGAGAAGGGGCAGGAUUUUCAACAGGUGGCGAUCGAGGUCAGGAGGAGGAAUGCGCAAAAGCAAACAGCAGCAGCAAAGGACAAAUGCAUGAGCAGGAAGGAUUUGGAAGCAUGUGGGAGGUACACCGAAAGUGACAUACAAGAGCUCAUCGCCAGGAAGACAGCCGAGGGUUUGUACAUCAAUGACCCCAACUUUCCCAACAGGGAAGACCUUCGCCAAUACAGGGUGAACAUGGAAGUUAGCCAUGAGAUCGCACACAGCAGGGAGGACUCACAGGAAAUGGUGUCAAACACUUCCCUCAACCCAACCGAAGCCUUGGCCCUCACAGAGGAAGGUGCUGACUUCUCGACAACCGCAAUGCCCAGCAUGAACGAGGUUUUGCAGGUGGGAGGCAACAGUGGUGGCAGUGGGGGUGGCAUCCAUGGGGACACGGCAGAGGCACCAGCAGGAAACGCGAAAGCUAAGGCAAAAACAAAAGCCAAGGCCAAGGCGAAGCCUGGUGAUAACACCUCUGACCCUCCCCCCGACAAACCGCAGACACCUUUGGAUAAGGCUAUGGCCUUAAAGAAGAUUGUGUUGAAAGAGGCAGAAGAGGCCAGGACUUUGUGCAUCUCCAUCGAGGGCCUGGAGUGCGCUACGGAGCUGCAGACGGCAUUGACCACCCAUAGUUCGGCAAUGACAAACCUGUACCGUGAUCUGCAUCAGCUUACAUCACAGGAAGUCAAUGACCUGUCGAAGUAUCAGGCCCACCUGCUAAGCGGCAGCGAACUGAUGAUCCUGGAAGCCAGUUGGCCCAUGCGCCUCGAGGGCAUGACGUUUCCAGCCACUGGUUCGGGAAAUAGGUUCUUGCCAACAAAGGAACUCAGGGUCAAAGCAAACAAGGCUAUCACACAGGUGGAACUUCCAAUACUCGCCCGGCUUAGCGAGGAUGUGUUCAUUGCACCUCAGGGAGGGCUGCACUCGCGUGGUGACAAGAUCAUGAACCUUUUGGGUACCGGGUGCAAGCACCGUUCGUUGAUGCUUUGGGGAGUGGCAGACUUCUUGUGGGUCACCGAUCGCCCGCCUCUGCGUUUGGGGCAGUCUUUGCAAAAAAGGGCCUAUGAAUCUGGCAUGGCAUCCCUUACUGCUUACGCCAGCCUAUCAUCAAUGAACUUGGAGAAGGGCCGGGUCAACUACAAAGUUCGCCCCAAAUGGCACGCAUGGUGCCACAUGGUUUUCGAGUUCGCCACCAGCGAUGAGAAUUGUAGGAACCAUAAAACACUGGCUGAAGAAGAUAUGCUUGGUAAAAUCACCAAGAUAGCCAGUGCUACUCAUGGUGCCACAGUGGCAAAACGAUUCUUUCAAAGAUUCAGUUUAUUUUUGGGGAUGCACUGGGAAAAACUGUGCAAUCUCCAGGACAUGGAGAUUCAGGAGAUUUGGUGA